UGGGUAAAAGAGCAAAUUCUGAAUUCGUUUUAAAAAUAUUGUCAUGAAGGAAAAGUCAGCAUCUUUAAAACCGAGACUUCCCAGAAACAGGAUCAGAUGUUCUGGUGUAUCGUGAGUGAUAUAGUUUGAGUUACUUCAGGGGAGGGGGCCGAGACAGUGGAUGGAAAAGGCUGGAGAGAACCUGCUCCCACCCAGCAAUGAGGUGGGCCCACACCUCUAGAGGCCUGGCCGCAGGUGCACCAGGUGUAGGCCGGGAACAUGCCGGGGUCCUCCAGCCAGGGGCUGAAACUCACCUUCCCUGGGCUUUUGCAGAUGGCCACUUGUGUCUGUUCCUUCACUCAUCCAGUCAGCAAGGAUUUCUUCAGCACCUUCUAUAUCCCAGGCCUCUGUGCUCUGGACAAGCGAUGGACAGCCACAGCCACGGUGGGGAGACAGUCCUCAGUUAUAAAAAUGUACAGCUCUGGAGAAUGCUACAAAGAGGGGCACCCAGGACUCUGGGAGGGCAUGGGACACUCAGCCUGGAGUGGAGGGUGAUCUUCCCUGUAGAGAUGGAGCUUGGACUGCACUUUGGUGCCCGAGUGGCAGUUAAGUGGGUGGAGUGUUCAAGGCGGUGGGACCAUCAUGUGCAAAGGCCCCGAGGCGAGCGUUGGCUCCUGUGAGGGACUGAGGAAGGUCAGAGAAGGUAGUGGGUGAGAAAGGUGUGGACGAGUCUGAGGAGAAGGCAGGGGCCACACCACAAAGACCAGGUGGUCAAAGUAAUGGCUCUGGCCUUACCUGAACAGCAGUGGAAAGCCAGGGAAGUAUUUUAGGCAAGGGAGUGGGACUAUGGGACCAGGCUGUGUUGUCCAGGCCCCUCUGGAGAGGCUGCGAUGGUAGCAAAGCCCAGAGGGGAGGAAGGAGGCUCAGGGUCCCUCUCUCCUUCCCCUCCUCCCUCCUUGACCAGUUCCCGCUGCACUGCCUUUCUCUAAACUUGUCUUGUGCUGGGCCCUGCUUCCAGGUGGCUCAUGCAGGUCCCUCCACAUGGGAUCUAUGGCAUUUCUUUUCUCCAUCUUUGCUGAUAAAACCAGCCUUGUCUUUCCAGACCUGCAGAAAUACUGACCUCCUCUUGUAGUUUCCUAAGGCAACUGUAAUAAAAUACUAAAAACCGGGAGGCUUAUAAGAACAGGAAUUUAUUGUCUCACAGUUCUGGAGGCUAUAAGUCCACAAUGAUGUGCCCACCAGGACACGUUCCCUCCCAAGUCUCUAGGGGAUGAUCUUUCCUUGUCUCUCCCAGCUUCUGAUAAACCCCAGUGUUCCUUGGAUCACAGCUGCAGCGCAACUCCAUUGUCUGUCUCUGUCCUUCUGUGUCUCUUCUCUUUUGUAAGCACAGCAGUCAUGUAGGAUUAGGACCUGCCCUACUCCGGUAUUACCUCAUACUAACUUAAUGGAUAACAUCUUCCAAGACCCUGUUUCCAAGCAAGGAUAUGUUCACAGGUAUUGCGGAUUAAGACAUCAACAUGUUUUGGAGGGACCCAAUCACAGCCUUAGAGGCAGGUACCUCCCUGCAGCCAGCCUCCCACUGUGGGAGUGGACGUCCCCUCCCCUGUAACAGCCGUUCAUUUUCACUUUUGUUGACCCACGUGGUGGCAUGUUCUGGGUGAUCCUCUGGGCAUACAGCGUGCUGAUCAAAUCUCAUGGGCUCUUGGAGGGCUGCUUGGGCCCAACCUGCCUCUGUAUCCUCCCAAUUGCAUGCUCUUCAGCAAAUGACUCUGUCUCAUCGGCCUCAGUUUCCCCACCUACAGGACAGAUAACUACAUAUGCCCCACCAGGUGGCUGGGGGGAUUUAUUGAGAUGGUGACCCUUGUAAAAUGCUUAGAACUGGGCCUGGCAUGCAGAAGGCUCCGGAAACACUGGGCAGACAGCACGUGCCUGGGGCACCAAAAAUUGUUUUUGGCAAGAAUGUGAUGUUUCAAAAUAGGCAUCGUAUGCUGUCAUCAUGAGGAAAGUCAAGACUCAUUUGGACUUCCUUUUUCUCAUUUUAUGUUUGGUGCUGUUUUUAUUUCGAGUAGUGUUGCAGUGAUUAUUGCUGAGGCGGACCUUGUCUGGUUCUGGGGUCAGAACUUUCUACGGCCAUCUUGUGCAUCCCCUCAUCUCACAGACAAGGACCCUGGGCUCUGAGAGGGUGGGGGUAGGCGUUGUUCCAGGCCAGCCAGCAGACAGCAGGCCAGGUCAGCACCUCGUCUCCUGUCCCCCAGGUUGGCGUGCUAUGGUCAUCCCACCUCAAAGUAGAUGUGUCAGCCCCUGCCUGCCUUUCCUGUGGCAGAGCCUGGUCUGAGGUCCUGGGGCUGGCAUGAGGUGGACAGUGAGGCUGACUGAACAGAACUGAGUUCUCUCUCUACUCUUCGCUUCUGGAAUGGUGUUCAGGUUCCUGCAAGGGGGGCCAGUUACCCAUGUGGUGGGACCACGGGGCUCAGUGUAGCACGUGGAGCACAUGACAUUCUACACCUGUGGAAACGCCAGGUCCCAGAAGACGUCUGUGUGGGGCCAAACUCACUGCCACGUGGGUUGUGGGAUCCCCCUGAUAGGGUGCCCUUGCCCCGACCUUACAGGUUUAUGUAACACUGCCUUUCCCAAUUGCCCUCAAAGUUACCCUGUGACAUAAGCAACUGUGCGCCUCCGUCUGCCCCAGUGGCUGGCGGGUAGUAGUCACCGAGCGCCAGCAACGGGCCAGGGACUUGGCUGCAAUAUCACAUUGCACUUCCCUGGCGGUCCUGCAGGUAGCUUUUGCCACUGCAUUUUUUUUUUUUUAAGUAAUUUAUCCGAUUUUUUGUUGUUGAACAUAUACGCAGCAGAACAUACACCAAUUAAACAAUUUCUACACGUAUAAUUCAGUGGCAUUGAUUACAUUCUUCAAGUUGUGCAACCAUGCUCACCCUUUUUUCCCAAUUUUUCCUCCGCCAUUAACAUGCACUUACCGCUAAGCUUCCUGUCUAACCUUUGGGGUUGCUGUUGUUAAUUUGAUCACACACAGAUAGUUCUUUACAGAGUACAGUGCUCAAGACUGCAUUUUUAAAUUGAGAUAUAAUUCACACACAAUGAAGGCCACCACUUUAUAUAAUUCAGCAGCUUUUAGUCUAUUCACAGUGUUGUGCAAUGACCACCUGUAUCUAGCUCCAAAACAUUUUAUCACCCCUAAAGGAGACCCUGUACCAUUAGCAGCCACUCCCCGUUCUCUCCUUCCCCAACCCCUGGCAACCGCUCUACUUUCUGUCUCUGUGGAUUUGCCAAUUCUAGAUAUUUCAUUUAAAGGAAUCGUACAACAUGUGGCCUUUUGUAUCUGGUUUCUUUCACUGAGCACGAUGUUUUUCAACUUCUGUUGUAGCAUAUAUCAAUGCUUCACUCUGUUUUAUGUGGUUAUACCACAUUUUGUUUAUCCAUGCAUCAGUUGAUGGGUAUUUAUCUUGUUUCCACUGUUUGGCUAUUGUGAAAUGUGCCAUAUGAACAUUUCUGUACAAGUUUUUUGCAUGGCUUAUGCUUUUAAUUCUCUUAGGUGUAUAUCUAGGAGCACAAUUUCUGGGUCAUGUGGUAAUUCUGCUCUAUGCUGUAUGGUAUUCUGGAAAUUAUAGUUUCCUUUACCAAAGGACAUCGUGUUUGGGUAAAGUAGAAAACCAACUGACUCCGACUCAUGGCGACCCCAUGAGUGUCAGGGUGGAAACUGUACUCCAGGGUUUUCAAUGGCUGCUUUUUUAAAAGUAGGUCACCAGGCCUUUCAACCAAGGCCCUCUGGGUGUACUUGACCCUUCAGUUACCAGUUGAGCAUGUUACUGUCUGCACCACCCAGGGACUCCUGGUAAAGUAGAGGGUCAGCAAAAAUGAGGGAAACCCUCAAUGAGAUGGAUUGACACAAUCACCACAACAAUGGACUCAAACACACCAACAAUCAUGAAGACGGCGCAGAACGGACAACGUUUUGUUCUAAGUAAGGUUGCCAUGAGUCAGAGCCGACUUGCCAGCGAAUAAAAACAACAGCAUGGUAAUCCUAUGUUUAACUUUUUGAGGAGCUACCAAUCUAUUUCUACAGCAGCUGCACCGUUUUACAUUCCUACCAGCAAUGUAUAAAGGUUCCAAUUUUUCCACCUCAUCACCAACGCUUGUUAUUAUCUGUCUUUUCAAUCACAGCCAUCCUAGUGGGUGUGAAGUGGUAUCUCAUGGUGGUUUUGAUUUGCAUUUCUCUUUUGACUAAUGUGAUGAUGAGCAUCUUUCCAUGUGCUUGCUGGCCAUUUGAAUCUCUUUGGAGAAAUGCCUAUUCAGUUCCUUUGGCCAUUUUUAAUUGGGUUGUUUGUCUUUUUACUGUUCAGUUACGUUGCUGCAUAUUAUAGAGGGGAAGCCGAGGCUCCGGAAGGGGAUGUGACCAGGCCAAGAAUGCUGAGACUGAGACUGGAAAUGGCUUGAUCCCCUGCCUCCCAACCAGCAAGUUGGGGCCACCCCUAGAAGCUCUGAGCCCCCUCCACCCCAGGGAACCAGCUUCCUGACUCCAUUUUGGAUCUGCAUCCCAGGCCCAUCUCAAGUCCUGUCCUUGCAUUUAAAGGGACAGGGCCUGCCAGCCAGAGAGUGGGCCGGAAAGGCAAGGAAAGAGCAGUUCUGAGGAACCAAGAUGCUCCUCUUCCUCUCUCAAAUCAUGUGGCCCUGGCUGACGUGGCCUAGGAGAAGGGGGCAGCCCGGCCCUGCGGUCAGAGCCUAUUUAUACUGACUGGGCCGUGUUGCAAGCUUUUCCUGGCGGCGAGAGGGACGUCACUGGCUGCUGACCUCACCAGAAAUGGUGACGCAUCUUCCCUUUAUGCUUUGCUUAGGUGGGCAGCCAGGCCUCCUUACCUGGGGCCACUCCUUGUCCUCCCUGACAGCGGCAGAUUAUCCAAUAGGUAAGGUAAGCAUGGGGCUUAGUUUGCUUACCAGAUCAUCUGUAGUGAACAAUUUCACUACAGAUUAGUAAGUAAGCAGAAGUAAGCCCAUGUUUACCUUGUUUACACUGGGUCAUCUGCCCCUGUCACUGAUUGUAAAUAUGAAAAGACAAUUUGAUUCUGUAGGAAGGUGCUGUGGGGUUGGGGGAGAGACAGAUGCCAGCCAUACCUAGAAGCAGAAUCUUUGAUGUGGUGAAAAAAAUGUGAGAUUGUUACUACAGAUGAUCUGGUAAGCAAAGUAAGCACCGUGCUUACCUUGCGUACUGAAUAAACUGCCCCCACUCCCUGCCCAUCACUGUCCCUCUUGCUCUGGCUGGGAGCUCCCCCCUAACUCUGGGCCCAAGAGGACUCCAACCAUGCCGUCCUCUUGCAAGCCCUUCCUUGUCUUUGGUGACCUGGUCCCUGGGGCUGCACAUGGCACCCUGAUUAACCAAGUGCUCAGAGCGCUCAACCUCACCUCUCUGCGCUUGGAGGCCUUUUACACUGAGGAGACAGCGUGGCCUCCUUGGCCUUGUGGGAGGAUGGAAUCAGGUGAAAGCACUUGGCUGCCCGGGUGAGCGUGGCGGUCAAGCAGCAGGAGCUGCGAUGAUCACUCUAGACGUGGUAUACACCUGACUGUCUAUAAACCAGAGUGCGCUCAGGGCAUUGCCGAGGCUCUCAGCUACUUGUGUUGUCUCGGGUGAGAGAGAUGGGGGUGGUGUACCAGCCCACUCAUGAGGAGCUUCAGUGACCUGAAGCCAGCUGGGCCUUGGCCUACCCAGAGUGGGUGACUGAGGCUCUUGUUAUUGUUGUUAGCUAUCAUCAAGUUGACCAACCCCAUGCACUAUGGAAUGGCCCUGUGCCAUCCCCAUGAACGGUUGAGGACAGGAUCAUUUGUGAUCCUUAGGGCUUUCAUUGACUGAUUUUCAGAAGUACAUCUCCAGGUCUUUCUUCCCAGACUGUCUUGGUCUGGAACCUCUUCAGGAACCUGUUCAGCAUCACACCAACACAUAAGCCUUCACAGUGAUGGAUGGUGCCAGGGUCAAAUUACCUAAUAAACAAGGUAUGCUCACUUGUGCUUACUUACUAAUCUGUAGUGCACAACUUCACCUGUUUUUCACAUCUUUGAAAUAUUCACUACAUCUCACCCAUGUGAAACUGUACACUACAGAUUAGUCCAAACCAAACCAAACCCAGUGCCAUCGAGUUGAUUCUGACUCAUAGCGACCCUACAGGACAGGGUAGAACUGCCCCACAGAGUUUCCAAGGAGUGUCUGGCGUAGUCAAACUGCCAACCCUUUGGUUAGCAGCUGUAGCACUUAACCACUAUGCCACCAGGGUUUCCACAGAUUAGUAAGUUAAAAUAAAUAAGCCUUGCUUAAUGUAAGCCAGUUCAUACCUUGCAUAUUGGUUAAUCUGCCCCUGGGGGGUGGCUGGGCACGAGGGGCAUUGGCUAUGCAUUGAACCUGGGUCUCCCACAUGAAAGGCAAGAAUUCAACCUGCCUGGAAUUUCUGUGUGUUUAGUCCUAUGCAGGGUAGGCUGGGCAUAUAUCUGACUUGGCUAAAAACAGUUUGAGGUCCCUUGGCUUUCAGGCCCCCCUGCGUGUUUGGCCUGGUUGCCUGCUUGGAGUUUGGUGGAGCUGGACUCCACUGAGGGGCAAGAAGCUCUCCAGCCAGGCUUACCUCCCUGCUUUAAGCAGCCCUGAGCUUCUGAGAUUCAUGUCCUCAUUGAGAUGAGCCCAGCCAGCCCUGUCUGGUCGCCCUCCCCUUCUGGCUGUUGCAGGGCUUGAAGGAGACUAGGGAUGUGAAAUUGAGAAGGAUUCGGGCUUGGCACGGAGUCCCAGGAAAGGGCACUGUGGGGGUGGGGGCCCCCAAGAUGAGGAAUUUAGUGGAAGCAACAUUCUCGGGAUGAGAAUCCAGAAGCGGCCUAUGGGGGUGGCGGUGGUAGGGGAUUGGACCUGGAGUAGGAGCACCUUGUUGGGGUAACAGGGAGUAGGGGGGUGAAGGCAGCCUCAUGGAUGAGGGGGUGCAUCUGCUUGGGAAAUUGCUGGAUCCUCUGCUCCUGGGAGUGGGUGGCACAGAGUGGGUGCAUAAAGAGUUUGUUGAGUGAGUAUGUCAGUGAUGGUCUUCAGUGGUGGGGAGCCUGGGCGCAGCCUCCAAAACCAGAAACAAACCCACUGCCGUCGAGCCGAUUGCGACUCAUAGUGACCCUAUAGGACAGAGUAGAACUGCCCAAUAGAGUUUCUAAGGAGCGCCUGGUGGAUUUGAACUGCUGACCUCUUGGUUAGCAGCCACAGCACUUCACCACUAUGGCUACAGCCUCAGUGGUCGUGAAUAGCACCCGGGGCUGGGGUGGGCAGGAGCAUGUCCAGCCCUCCUCCUUUCCGGCUACCUUAGUUACUUGGUCCAGGCUCCGCGGGCCCAAUGUUCCCCUAACGGGAGCAGCUCAGGCCUCCCUAGCAGUCCUCGGAGAACCUGCCCCAACUUUCCAGGCCUCCCCUAGCCGAGCUCCUGAGGGUGCAGGACAAGGACCCCCUUCUGGGUCCGGUAGAUGUGCCAGCUCCUCUGUCUCCUGUCUGCUCUCGCCCAGGCCUCAGUUUACCCCACAGUAAAGUAGCAGGUUGACCAGGGAGGCGCUCUCUCUGGGGCCCCUUCACGCUGACAUUCUGAGGUCUACGAGAAAUAAAGGCUGCCCCACGAUCGAUUGCUAUCUUUCAGAGAAAGUGAAACCUGGUCCUUAACUGUCACCGUAACGACUCCUCCUCCCUGGCUUCCCCUCUGAGCUCACAGCUUCCCCGUCUCCUCCGCCCCCAACCCCACCCCUCCAACAGCCAGUACUUGGAAUUAGACUUUCAUCUUUUCCUUUCCCUUCAAAGGUCUUUUGCCUUUUAUGUCCUGACAGCAGUGGCCCUGUAAGGUGGGCUGGGAAAUGCUUCCUUUUCUCGUAUUUCAGGUGGGGUCUCUGAGGCCCAGAGAGGUUGAGUGACUUGCCCCAAGUCACACAGCAUGUCAGUGGGCUUGAACCCUGAUCUCCUGUUCCUCUUGCUCCCAGUGCCUUGUUCUCCCCAGAUGGCCUGUCUGUUGAGGAGGGAUGGGAAGUCUGGCUGGGUGGGGGAUGCAUGGUGGGAGAAAGGAGACAAUUGAGCUGGGAGGUGAGGGUUGGGGGGCCUGACCACAAUCUUGGGGCUGCCAGCCGGAGUCUGGCUCUGUGCCCAGAGCCUGGUGGUUUCCGCUCACAGAUGUCCCAACAGCCCCAGCAGGAGGGCGGGAGGGCACUCAAGAAGGAAGAUGUCUUGCUCCCCUCAGCUCCAGACCACAGUGCCCUGGAGGCGGUGGCCCUGGGCUGAGCCGCCCGGGUUCUCCAGGGCCCACGCUCAAAGACUCUCCCCUUUCCUGGGCACAGGCCCCUGCAGGUGGUGCGGACCCCCAUGCACCCUGCUCACCCAGGAAGGCUGAGGCUGCGGUUUGCAUCAUCCCUGGGCGUGGGGCUGACCUCGAAGAACAAAUUCGAAGAAAACAGGAGGAGGAGCGGACAUGGACCGCGCCCAGCGCCCAUUGGCCGCCCGUGGAGACUUUGGUUUUUGGGGUCAUGUUCCCAGAAGGCCUGCCCUUCCCCCUCCCCCUCCCCACCCACCUCACGAGGUGUUGGCCAAUCACCCCGGCGGGCAUAAAGUGGCGGCUGACCCGCGGAGCUCCCAGGCGGGAGCUGUCACCCCCAGCAGGCGCGGGCCGGAGCCCUGUCACCCAGCAUGCAGGUACAGCUCACGUGGAAGACACUGCUCGGCCUGGUCCUCGGACUCCUGUUGCUGAGCAUGAUGGCCAUGGGUGGCUGCUCCAGAGAGUACCAAACCCUCCUCCUCCAGAUGCAGCAGCAGGCGAAAAUCAUGCAAAACACCAGCAUGCUCCUGGACCCCUAUAUCCGAAUCCAAGGCUUGGACAAGCUGGACUAUAAAGAGCACUGCAAGGAGAGCCCUGGGACCUUCCCUAGCAAGGAUACCCUGCAGGGGCUCAGCAGAAAGGGCUUCCUGCAGACUCUCAACGCCACCCUGGGCCUUGUCCUGCACAGACUGGCUGCCUUCCAGAAGAAGGUGCCCCAUAUCACCAAGGACAAGGAUCAGGACUGGAAGCAGGUGAGCCAGGCAGAGGGGUACAUCCGCGGGGUCAGGAACAAUAUCUUCUGCCUAACCCCGCUCCUCAACAACUCCUCAGAGAUGGUCACACCCACUUGGGCCGGCCCAAGGACCUUGCCACCACCCAGCCUCUCUGCAGAUGCCUUUAACCACAAGUUGGAUGGCUGCAAGUUCCUGCAAGGCUACCAUCGCUUCAUGCACUCGGUGGAGCAGGUCUUGAGCGAGUGGGCAGAGGGUCCGAGCCGGAGCCGGAGACACAGCCCCCACUGGGCCUCACAGGGGCGGGCCCACAGGAUGAGACCCUCCAGGAGGGCCAAGAGGCCUGUGCCCAGAGGGCUGCCACCCCGGUAGCCUUUAGGACAUCCCUUAAAGGUGGAGGAUGCUCUAUGGAUGGGAGGAGCUGGUGCCAGGUGCAGGAUAUGUCCCCCUGGGGUCUUUAAACCUGCUCCGCUUGAUUCUUCUCCACUCAAAAGUGCACUUUAAGGGAUGGCAGCUGGGCAGGUCUGUCCUUCUACUUCCUUUGGAUUGCGGGGGAGUGUCAGGCCAUGGGGUCCCCAGCCCUGAGUUAGUUCCCAGUGCGGGGGGGGAUGGCUGCAUUGGGCCACGUGGGGCAGACUUUCCAUUGAUUCAGGGGUCUGAUGACACAGACUGACUCACUCCCUAACCUGCUCAGCGGAGGCCUGUGGCCUUUCCCUCCGUGACUGGCAGGGCUGUUGCCCCUAGACUUCCUCCUUUCCCUGGUGUCAUGGUUCCGAAGGGAGGGAGAGAGGUCAGGGCCUCCUAGGUCUCAUUCCUAGGCUCAGGCCAGACAACUGGAUAUCUGGGGGACCUCACUUUAGGCAGCUGUAGUGGCACAGGGUGUCCUAGAAGCAGCACUGAUCUGGGGGGCUCAAAGCUCAGCCCCUAACUCUCUGUGUGACCUCGGGCAAGCGACUUUACCUCUCUGGACCUCAGUUUUCUCUUUGUGAAGCGAGGGACUCAGGGCCUUCUGCCUGUCAAUCGCUGGGACUCUGUGAUAUAGAGUUAAUAUCAAAUUAUCUCUGUAAAUCAGAACACGUGGUGCAAAUAGACAUGGGUGCAGACUAAAUUCCCUUAGGAAAAAGGAGACACCCCCCCCCCCCCCCCCCAGUGCCCAGAAGCCUCCAGUUUUGGGUCCUGGCCGCCAGCUGCUCCCCCUGGUGUCAUUUUAUGGAAUUUCCUUGUGCUGAAACCACUGCCCUCCUGGAGGGAGCCCAGCAGCUGCUGGGCCAAUUCCGGGGAGUGCAUGACUAAUUUAUCGAUUUUUACCAAUUUUUAUCAGUUUUGUAUUUAUAAAGCUUAUUUAUGAUGUGUAUUUAAUGUUAAUAUUGUGCCAACAUGUAUUUAAAACUUGUAUGUAUUUAAAACUGAUACCCCUGUGUCUCUGUUGCCAUGUGGGGGGUGACUUGAGGGGUCCCUAGGUGGCAAAGCCACAAGUGUCCUUGACCUGGGCACUGGGCUGGAGAUCCUUUCCCUGUCCAGGAAGUCACAUGCCUCAGCUGGCCCGGGGCUGCCUGUGGGGGCAUCUCAAACACACACAAAUUGUUCUUGGGUCUGCACAGGGCUCCCCUGAGUCUUUGGGGGUUGUGGAGUAUUGGGGUAGAGGAGUGAGAGGGGCAGGAGGAAGGCUGGUGUGUGUGGGUUGCACGUGGGUGUUGUGGUCGUGUGGCUGGAGGUGCACGUUUGUGUGUGUGUGUUGAUGUGUGAUGUGUAUCUCUUCUCCCUCGUCUUGAAGUGUCAGUGUAGGAGUUUAAAGGAGUACUUGUGUCUGUGAGUAUCUGUGAGUGUUCUGUGUAUGUGUGUGUGUAUCUGGUUAUGUUUCUGCACACAUGCCCUUGCACGUGUAAAUGUGUAUGUGCAAAUGUGUACUCAUGAACGUAUAUGUUCAUGUGUUUUCCUGGAGGGACAUGGGUACAUCCGGUGCCUGGAGCACAGCAGGUACCUUCAGCAUUUGUGGAAUGGGUGAACUCACAGCCAUACCCCUGCCACCAGCACUCUGCAAAUCCUCCCAGGCACAUAGAGAUACAAAGCUUGGGUGUAUACACAGGGCAGUAGAGCACCUCGGGGAGAAAGCACAGCCCUCAGAGUCAGAUACAACUGGCUCAGUUCAAAAUCCCAGCUCAGCCCCGUCGCAUCUGUCUGGGUAACCUUGGGCAAAUGAUUUAAUGCUUUGAACCUCAGUUUCCUCAUCUGUGAAAUGGGCAAGAUCAUAGCAGCCCCCCUCAAAGAGGCCUGUGAUAGUGCCUCGCACAUAGUAUGUGCUUGAAACUGCUUUCUGAAGGGCCUCAGGGGCUUAGGGAUUCCACCUGGCCUCCAGAAAACUGGACUCCCUUCCCAUGCCCGGAUCCUCUUUGGGAGGGGUACCCAUAGGCCAGUGACAUCCUGAGAUAGCAGAAGCAGUUGAACUUGAACUCCAUCAGUCCCUGGCCACCCCUACUUCCUGAGAAUGGGGGCGAGGUGGGAGCUGGACUUGGCUUCAGAGGUGGAGGGGAACCCAUUCUGGGAAGAGCAGAGAGCCCCUCCUGACUCCAGGCUGCCUCUGCUGCUCUCCUCUGGGGCGUGUUCUCUAGCCUCUUGGCUGGCGGACCCCAAAUGGAGGGACCACAGCAUAGGCAUGUUUCGAUGGGGGAGACAGAAGGCAGGGGGAACCCACAGGGGUACCUGAGGAGCUGGGGAAACCCUGAAAGGGGCCCUGAAAAACCAGCGUGGGUAUGUUGUGGGUGCUUGUUGAUGACAUGGUGCCGAAUGGAAAGGGCAUGAAGGUGCUUGGCAGAGUUUCAGGGUUCCAGGCCUAGCUCUGAGUGUCUCUGGACAGCACCUUUCUCUCUGCGUGUGCCUUAGUUUGCCCAUCACUAAGGGUUGGCCUGACAUUCUAGGAUGGUUAUUCUGGGAGCGUGGGUGGGCUCCCUGCCCCUCACUGCUGGAGCCUGAGAAUCAGUUGGUGGGGGUAGGGGGUGGGCCUGCAUGUAGGAGUCUCCCUCCCUGACCCCUUCCCCUCCCCACCCUGGAACACAGUUCCUGGUGUGGGGGAUUGGUCUGGGGCCAGAGUGUCGGGUGAGAGGUGUAUUUAAAGACAGCUGAAGCCAGGGCUGCUCUGGAGCUGAGCAGUCUCAAUGCCCCCAAUCUCUCCUAAGUGGAGUAAGCACCGCCCUCUUCCAGUGUCUCCUACAAGGUGCAAACAUCAGGACCCUCUGACUUCCUACAAAAGAGCACUUGGUGGGAAUUCACUAAUUAGCUUUUUUUUUUUUUUA